AAAUUUGCGGAGGGGAGGGGAGGGGAGGGGCUCCAUUGGAAAACGAAUCCCAUGCAAUACUACAAACAUACAUACAUACAAUACUAGUCAGUGUGUGUCAGUGUGGGUAGUUGCCGUGUGGACGAAGGAUCGGGGCCCUCUGCAACAGUGACUGUAUCAUUUCAAUCACUCACCUAGCUCAUUUAACAGCUCGCCUUCCUCCAUUGAUUAAAUUAAUGGAGUCUGAGUCCGACCAUGGAGGAAGACACUCUACGCAACCACGAUUCACCAGCAACUGAAAACAGAAAAAACGCAGUAACAGUGGGUGAACAGAGAAAGCAGCAGCAAGUUAAUUAAAAGUGGGAAUGAGAGAAAAGAAAACUUGACGUAUUUUUUUAUGCGAGAGAGAGAGAGAGAGAGAUGAAAAGUGGGGAAGGGGCAGCAGAAAAGGGCGAAAUUCUGGGGGAAAAGUUGAGGAGAGUGGGGAAAAGAGGGGGACACGCCACUCCAGUAGCCUCUUUUUGGAGACCUAAAGAUCAAUCUCAGUCAUUAGUUGUUGUUGAAGACGCCCAUUUUCAGGGCUCUCGUGUUUCUGCAAGAAAGCUCGCCGCCGCCCUUUGGGAGCUCUACCACUACAGAAUCUCCCUUCAUAAAAUGCACCACGCCGCCGGCCCUCCUCCCCGCCUCCGCCGCCUCAACCACCAGCAGCACCUUGAUCCAUCGCCUGACCUGCCAGGAAGUUCAAGCAGUUUGCGGAGACUUGUCGCUGCGUCGCUAAUGCAACAUCAUCAUAGAUCAUCUGAGAGGAAUAAUAAUCAUGCUAUACAGCCGGUGUCCCCUGCAAGCUACGGCAGUUCCAUGGAGCUUGCGCCGUAUAAUCCGGCAGUUACACCCACGAGCUCUGUGGAGUAUAAAGGAAGACCUGGGGAGACGAGUUAUAGCCUGCGAACAUCGACCGAACUGCUUAAGGUUUUAAACCGUAUCUGGAGCCUUGAAGAGCAGCAUGUAUCGAACAUGUCUCUGGUUAAAUCGUUGAAGAAGGAGCUGGAUCACGCGCGGUCACAAGUCAAGUUGCUACUGAGAGAACAGCAAGCGGAUCGCCAUGAAAUGGAUGAAUUGAUGAAGCAGAUUACAGAGGACAAACUAGCAAGGAAGAACAAGGAGCACGAUAGAAUCGGUGCAGCUAUUCAAUCGAUGAGGGACGAACUGGAGGACGAGAGGAAGUUGAGGAAGCGUUCGGAGAGUUUGCAUAGAAAGUUAGCCAAGGAGCUUUACGACAUCAAAACAACUCUUGCUAGUGUCUCUAAAGAGCUCGAGAAUGAAAAGAAGUCGCGUAAUCUGUUGGAAGACCUCUGCGACGAGUUUGCACUCGGAAUAAGGGAUUAUGAGAAGGAAGUACACGCCUUCAGACAAAAAUCCGACAAGGAUUGGGCGGAGAGAGCUGACCGGGACCAAUUGAUUCUUCACGUCUCCGAAUCAUGGCUCGACGAGCGGAUGCAGAUGAAGUUGCAAUCGGGACAUGGAACACAGAAAUCUGCAGUGGACAAAUUAGGCUCGGAACUUGAAGCAUUCGUCCACGCUAAAAGAAACAGUUCUGCAAAGACUAUCAGUAAGCGGGAUCCUGCAUUCUUAAGAAGUUCCCUGGAAUCAAUCCAUCUAAAUAUGGCUGUCAGCGCUCCUCGAGACGAAGAUGACGAGGAUGAUGACUCUGCAGGGAGCGAUUCCAACUGCUUCGAGCUGGAAAAAAUGAACGAAACCAUCCCGAGACCUCAAGGACAUGAACAGAAAAGGGAUACGAAGGAUGAAUCCGCAAGGCAGAAGCCUGAAAAGAAAAAACUAGGAUCUUCCGACAGGGUCUCAGCUGGAAAAAGUCCGUCCAGUCUCCAGGUAAAGUUUGAGAAACAGAUGGCUCAAGCAGUUUCGCUCGGUGAAAUGACAAGCCACAUUGACGACACUGAGGGCGCAUCAAACACAGUCGAAGAGCAGAAUUCGAAGACAGCCGAAGCAUCUGCUUCGAAGGAACAGAGCUCUGAGAGGAAGCAAGAGCUCGAGGGAAUCGUCGGGGUGAAUUCUAACUACAUGAUUGAAAAUUUGAUCAGGAACCAUUAUCUGUUAUCAGAGAGCAUGAACACGAGCAAGCAAGCUGAUAAAGAGUACGGCGCAGCAGCUUCUUCAGCUGCGUGGAGGAGCCAACCGAGCCCGGUGCGCCGGUGGACAGAAAAGCUACCGUCCCAUCAUGAUGCGAAUAAAUCCGAGUCAUCUUCGAAACUUCCUCCAGACUUGAAAGAGAACACUCUGAAAGCGAAGCUGUUCGAGGCGCGAACAAGAGGCCAGCAGCAUCGAUCCCGGUCGCGACUAAAGACUGCGAUAAUCCAUUCCAGAAAUGAAUGAAGGUUUGGUGUUUUUUCCAUCAGCGCAGCUCGUGAGCUUGUUCUGUUGUAACUUGUUUUAGAUUAAUUUUGUGAAUAUAUAUAUAUCUAUCUAUAUGUUAAAGAGCGUUGCACUUUCAAGUCAUGCAUAUUCAUGUGUACCUGAACAUGAGUUAGUGUACUGUUAAAUUUCGAUUCUUGUUUAAGCACAAUAAAGGGAAAACCUUUUGUGAUGACGACCAAGUUGCAU